AUGUCUUGUCUAUCGCCUCCGACAGACGCAACUACGAUAACAUCACGACCCAAACUCACCCUUCAAACCACUGCUCUCCCUCGCACAUUUGGCAGCUCAACAACCGGCCUAUCGUUCUCCUUCGCAGCGGCACCAACAUCCUCUCCCACCGUCCGCAACACCUUCAAGAAUGCCUACGAUGUCGCAUCCCCCUCCUCCGCCACCAGCUCUCCCGUGAAAUCCUCCCGGUUCAACCCCAAACCGACCUCACCCUACGUCACCCACCCCAAUAAUGUCUUCAACUACCGCAAUCCCUACCAACUCCCUCUUGGCGUCCGCAGCAUCUUACGCAACUCCCCACUCGACUCAGCCUCAAGGCGCCGAGGCUCCAUUUCUGCGGGCGGCAAUGGACACAACGCAGGCACCCGCCGAGUCUUCUUCCCAGCAAAGAAACAAGUCAGCUACCGGUGCCCACUGGAAGAAGAGAUCCGCACCGAACGCUACACGGCCCAACAUCUAGAUCUCCUCCGGGCGGAGACGGUCCAAAACGAGGCAGACAAGACCCCACUUGAAACCGGCCCCGGCCCCAGCCCCGAAAACGAAGACGAAAAAAAUAGCGAUUCGGAUUCUAGUACGUCAUUGUCCGAGAGCGCCUCGGGCGAUGACACUAGCGCUGACGAAGGAGCGCGCGAUAAUAAUAUCUCACUCACGAAGGAGGAGCGCAAGAAACGGCGCACGCUUCGUAUAGAGCGCCAGGUUCGGGCGGUAGCUUUGCUGGAUGGGUUUGAGGCUGAUCCGUAUGCCGCGUCUACGCCCCAGACACCUCACCAAGGUCGAUUAAAGCGCCGUCGGGAGUGGAAGUGGACUUUGGGUCCGGUGGGGAGUGACUCAAAUCGGGCAGAUGAUUCUGUGCAAUCUUUAUCGCCCCCAUCGGAGUUGGGGCUCUCUGAGACAUCCGCUAACUCCGGUCAUCAAUAA